AUGACGUUAAAUUAUUACUCAUUGUCGAUUGGACAGGGAAGUUAUCUCGAUUCGACAAACAGUGCCACGGGCCCGAUUUUCGUAGCACCAGUUGGAAAUCAGACCGCCGCGAUUGGCCGCGAGGUCGUCUUCUCUUGCAGCGUACGCAACAUAAGCAUUCGCAAAUACAAGGUUGGCUGGCUGCGCACUUCAGACCAAACUAUUCUCUCGAUUCACACUAGGAUCGUGACGCAUAAUGCACGUAUCACGGUCACCUAUGAAAGUGGGGCAAGCUCUGGGUCCGCCGGUGCAUCCGGCGGUGCUUCAGGAGUGACCGGAAGUAGCCAAGCUACGGAGGAAAUCGUCGACGGUACGUGGCGUCUGCACAUUCGCCAACUGAAGGAAACUGACAGAGAUUGUUACAUGUGCCAAAUCAACACUAGCCCGAUGAUAUCCGAGCUCGGUUGUCUCGACAUACAUGCCUAAGAAGAGGCGGCCGCGGAAGAGGCGGACGCGGAAGAGGCGGUUGAGGAAGAAGCGAAGA